GUCCCUAGGCAGGCUGAGCCGAUGAGUGCACCACUGAGCCUUCUCUGGGCCUGGGGCUGUGUGUGGGGCUGUGUUGAGGGCUCUGCAGAUCAGCCCUCUGCCGGUCCUAGCAGGUUGCAUGUGAAUGGACCAGGCCUGGGACAGAGCCCAUGGGCCUCAGCCGAGCGUGGCCAGUGUCCAAGUGCGGGAGCUGAGCUGGCAGGGCCUGCACAACCCCUGUCCACAGAGCAAGGACACGGGCAGCCAUGGGGAGAGCCACGUCAAGCAGCUGGUGGAGGAGUAUCUGUCACCUGCCCGACUGCAGGCCCUGGCCCAGGUGGAUGAUCUUCGGCUGGUGAGCAUGCUGGAGAUGUGUGUGGACACCCGUGAACAUAGCCUGGGGAGCUUUGGGGUGCACCUGCCCAACCUCAGCCAACUGAAGUUGAAUGACAGCCGCCUGGGCUCUGUGAGAGACCUGGGCACCUCCCUGGGCCGCCUGCAGGUGCUGUGGCUGGCUCGCUGUGGCCUGACGGACCUGGAUGGCAUUGGCUCCUUCCUGGCCCUGAAGGAGCUGUACGUCUCCUACAACCACAUCGCAGACCUCAGCCCGCUCUGCCUGCUGGAUCAGCUGGAGGUGCUAGACCUGGAGGGCAAUAACGUGGAGGACCUGGGGCAGGUGCGCUACCUGCAGCUGUGCCCGAGGCUGGCCAUGCUCACCCUGGAGGGCAACCUGGUGUGCCUGCAACCCAGCCCCUCCACCCAGGUGUGUGUGCCCCAGGGCUACAACUACAGGGCAGAGGUGAAGAAGCUCAUUCCCCAGCUGCAGGUCCUGGACGAGAUGCCAGCCACACACACAGGCCUGCCGGCCUCGCGGAAGCUGGACCAGGACUGGCUCAUGGUGAAGGAGGCCAUCAAGGAGGGCACUGGUGUGGUCCUUGGUGAUCUCUGAUUUUGACCUCCUGCAGAUCAUCCCCACGGAGACCGCAUUCGGAGAUUCGGUCCUGAGCCAUCCCUGCCUGAGCCCCAGCCCCGGGCCCCCAGGCCUUGGCCAAUCUCCCUACUGGUCCCUGGGGGACCCCUGCCUGAAGGUCUGCUUCCCAAGGACCCAGCCCCAGAGGAUGACGCCAGCAACCUCACCCACGGUGCAGGCCGGGUCCUCUGUGGAAACCCCACCAAAGGCCUUCGGGAGCGCCAGCCCCGGUGCCAGGCCCGGGCGCCCCCAGAGCAGCUGCCCCCACGCAGGCUGGAAGACCUGGCCACCAGGGCCUCCACCCCAGGGCCUGACCCUGCGGACAGCCGUGACCUCUUGGCAUUGGCUGGACUUCGGGCGUGGAGGGAGCUUCAUCUGCGCUCCCUCCCCCAUAGGUGCCUGGAUUCCAGGCAGGAAGGGGCAGUAGUCCCCAGGGGCCCACAGAGGGGCCCUGAAGAACGAGAGGACAAGACCGGGCCCAAGACUUCCCCCGUCUCCCCGAGCCUGGCCCCAGGGUCUUCCAGGAUGUUGGGCUAUAAUUUGCUCCCCUCUCCCCCCAAGGUCCCCAUGCCACCUGAUUCGAGCAGUAGCUCCUGGGGGUCCAAAGGCUUGCAGCUCUGGGGGCGACGGCUCAGAGCCCUGGGCAGCUUGGGGCCAGGCCUGGACCGGGGGCUGGCUGCAGAGGCUGCUCUGAGAUCAGCACUGGAGGUGGCCUCAGGCCCAAGCCCUCAAGCCCAUGGACGUCCAGGCCCAAAGCCAGCACCAGACCCAGCAGCCAUACCCCCAGCCCUGAGGUGCCUGCCACGCCUGAAUCCUGUCCCCCCAGCCCAGUCCCACCCCUAGUGUCAACCCCCACCCACUGCCAAGCUGGACGGAACUUUGGCCAAAGGGCCCCAGCUUGGUUGUGGAGCCUCGUGGAACCCAGAGCAUCUAGGGGGAGUCGCUGGGGGUAAAAGGUAGCCCUGGCACAGGAGAGGCUCCUCUUGCUGAAGAGAACUGGGGAGUGGGGACCACCAGGGAGGACACACAGACCAGAGCCCAGGACUGCCCAGCUCCCAAACACCGGCCCUAAUCUUCCCAGAGGGAGUGGUCAG